AUGAUGCGGUUGUUAAAAGCUAAGAAUGAGGUUGUGCUUUCAGGGUGGAUGAGUUUUAUUUUUAACCAGAAGCUCGAAUUUCUUAAGAAAGAUCUUAAGCGGUGGAAUAACGAGGUGUCUAAUGAUUUGGAUGCUAAGAUAUGUGUUAUUUCAGAGGAUAUCAAGAGGUUGGACUUGAAAGGGGAAACAUCGGUUCUCUCUCUUGACAAGAUCUAUGAUAGAAGCAAAGUCUUUAUGGAUACAUGGGGUUUCCUAAAGUGUAAAGAAUCAAUGGCUAUCCGAAGAUCGGGGUUUCGUAAAGUGUAA